AUGGAUAAUAAUUGUUCAACAACCAAUGAAAUAAGGUUGGGUGUAUCAACCCUUAUUAUUAGUAAUAAUAUAUUAAAUAAAAUUUCAAAACCAUUAUUCGAUUCAAUUGUUAAUGAAAUGGAUUUCAAAACAUUUUUUAGAUUUGGGUCAAGUGUUUGUAAACAUUUAAGAUCAUUAUUUUUUUAUUCAAAUAGGUGGAGAGUUAUGGACCUUAGCUUCAUGGUAGAAGCACAAGAUAAAGUUAUCUAUAGACUAUGUAGUAUACUUAAUCAAUAUUUUAAUAACAAUAAUUUCAACUUUAUUGAUAGAAUUAGCGAGAAUAAUAAUGAAACUAAUGAUAACAACCAUAAUGAAGAUGAUGAAGACAAUGAAAAUAAUAAUAAUAAUAAUGAAAUAGUUGAAAAUAGUAAUAAUGAAACCACAGAGAAUAAUAAUAAUAAUGAUCAUCAUAAUAAUAUAAUAAUAAUAAAAGAAAAUAAAAAGAAUAAAAAAACAAGAAUUUUUCAUAGUUUUUAUAUUGAAACAUUAAUAAUGGAUAAACUAUAUAAAAUCACUUCAAAUGUAUUCAAAUAUAUAAAUAAUUGUGUGGCAAUGUCAAAUAUUGAAAAUUUAUCAAUUAAUGAUUGUUUAAGUAUAAAAUUUUUCAAUGGAUUCUUUGAAACACCACAUCAAAGAAAGAUUGUAUCAUUAUCAUUACCAACAUUCAUUUCAAGCGAACCUCCAAAUUAUUUCAAAAAGUUAGGUUCUUUAACUUCUUUAAAUUUACCUGGUACUGUUGAAUCCAUACAAUUAUAUAAAUACUUGGAAUCUUGUCCAUUAUUAACAAAAUUAAUGUUAUCAUAUAGGUCAAAAGAUUCAUUAUUUAAUCCAUCACUACUUGAAAAACUUUAUAAAUGUAAACAAAUUACUCAUUUAACAUUAGUUAAUAUGAUUAUUAGAAAUGAUAUAUUCAUUUCAUUAUUUAUGUCAUUAACGAAUCUUCAAGUGAUUAAUAUUUAUAAUAAUUUUCAAAUAACUGGUGGUGCAAUUAAUACCGCCUUAGAAUCCAUGCCAAAUCUAAGAGAGUUAUCAAUUGACUUUUGUAGAAAUGUUGGUAAUAUUAAUGUACACUCUGAAACUUUAAAAACAUUUCGUUCAUCCUAUACCUUAACUUGUCCUGAAAUUAGUUUCCCAAAUUUAAAUGAUUUAUCAAUAAUUGAUUGGAAUAUAACAAAAGAUAAUUGUUUUUCAAUUUUCUCAAAAUUAAAUAAACUUAAAUUUUUAAAUAUCAGUAAAACAAAGAUUGAUGAUGAAGUUUUAGAAAAUGUUUUAUCAUUGGUUGGGGAAGGUUUAGAAACUUUAAAUUUAAGUUCAAAUCAAAUCACUGAUAAAUCAAUAGAUAUAAUAUUAAAUCAUUGUAAAACUUUAUGUAAAGUUUAUUUAAAUAAUACAUUAAUUUCGACAGAAAAAGCUAAUGAACUUUAUAAACUUAAAAAUUUAUAUGUAAUAAAAAUAAAUUAA